CAAAUCAGCAAGGUAGCAAAAUGAAGACAAAGACGGAGGCGAGCUCUAGUGGGAAGCCUAAGCGCCCAGCCACCGCCUACAUUCUCUUUAUAGACGAGUUCAAGAAAGAACAUCCUGAAAUGAAAAAAGUGACCGAGAUUUCAAAGGCUGCAUCCAGGGAAUGGGCCCGUCUGGGUAUAACUGGUCAGGCCUCUUACUUUGCCGAGUACAGAAGGCUGAUGGAGGUCUAUAAUCAGAGCAAGAACGUUAGCGUCAACACCUGUGACAAGCCCAAGCGGCCACCCACUGCCUUCUUUCUCUUUCAACAAAAGUUCAAGCAAUCGCACCCUGCCUUGACAAAAGUUGUCGAGAUUUCAAAGGCAGCAGGCGAGGAGUGGAGAGCCUUGGGCGAUGCUGGGCGAGCUCCAUUUUUUGCCGAGUAUGACAAGUUGAUGGACGCCUUCAUGCAAAAAAAGUACCCCACCAACAACCCACGGGCUGCUCCCCGGCGAUGCCCCUGCGCCUGCCGCUGUUGCCGCCGCUGCCAUGUCCCUGCUGUGCCGUUGUCAUCGCCACCGCCUCCCCAGGCCACCUCCAACUCCAGGGCAGUGGCAUCCACAGUUGAUGGGUACUCCAGGGCAGUGGCGUCCACAUUUGAUGGGCUCAAUUGUGAGCAUGUGAACGACUACUCCGAGUCAGAGUGGACUGGCCUGAAGCAUGAGGGGACGGUCAGUGGGCUGGAACCAUCGUCGCUCAGGUCAGUGAAGAAGAAGCCAGUGCCAAGGCGUGGAGGCCUGGAGCAGGAGGGGGAGGUUGGUCCAUCACCGGCCAUGUCGGUGAAGAAGAAGCCAGUGCCAAGGCGUGGAGGUCUGAGGCAGGAGGGGGAGGUUGGUCCAUCAUCGGCCAUGUCGGUGAAGAAGAAGCCAGUGCCAAGACGUGGAGGUCUGAGGCAGGAGGGGGAGGUUGGUCCAUCAUCGGCCAUGUCGGUGAAGAAGAAGCCAGUGCCAAGACGUGGAGGUCUGAGGCAGGAGGGGGAGGUUGGUCCAUCAUCGGCCAUGUCGGUGAAGAAGAAGCCAGUGCCAAGACGUGGAGGUCUGAAGCGCGAGCGGGAGGUUGGUGGGCUGGAACCAUCUUCUUCGCCCAUGUCGGUGAAGAAGCAACGGCGUGGAGUUUGA